AUGGGCAACGGCAGAUACCUCUACUUUGCUUACGGCUCCAACCUCUGGGUCGAACAGAUGGACAACCGCUGUCCCGGGCAGAAUCGCAUUGCAGGUAUCGGUCGUCUGCCGGGAUAUACAUGGUUUAUCAACGAACGCGGAUAUGCCAACAUUGCGCCUGUGACUAUCAACCAGUCAGGAAAGAGCGAGAGCCAGGGCAGCGUUUCGCGCUUCGACAGCGAAGUCUGGGGUGUGAUCUGGGAACUCGAGGAAAAGGGACUAGCCAGCCUUGAUAUCAAUGAGGGUGCGCCACAUAUCUACGAGCGAAGAACCAUGAACGUCGAGCUCUGGAGCGCGUUCGGCCCCAUCUGGCCUGGCGACGUGACGGAGUCCACGCCCACCGACCUAUCUGCUCACACGUGCCCCAUGGUCGUCUACAUCGAUGUCAAGCGCGCGAAGGGCGGGUACCCGCCCAAGGAGGAGUAUGUGGUGCGCAUGAAUCGGGGGAUUAGGGAUGCAAUCGGGAUGGGGAUACCGAAGGGUUAUGUGGAAAGAGUGCUGAGGAGGUAUAUUCCGCCGCUGGAGGACCUGAUGGUGGAUGAGAAGACGGAGAAGUUGGCGUGGAAGCAGGCGAAGAACUUCCAGGAUGAACCUGAAGUGGCGACGUUGAAUUGA